AUGGAUGAACCGGAUCGAAAGGCGACGUUUGAUAUAAGCCUUGUUGCAAUGGACAACGAAGUCGCUUUGUCGAAUAUGCCCGAAGUAUCCAGAACAAUAAUUCCUCCACCUACCGGUCGUCCUGCCCCUGCAGAUGGUCACAAUUACGUCAAAAUACAGUUCGAUAGAUCACCCUACAUGUCAACGUACCUGGUGGCAAUGGUCCUUGGAAACCUCGAUUAUGUUUCCACAAAGGAUGCUAAUGGAGUUGAUAUUCGCGUCUUCACGCCUCCCGGGAAAAAGGCGUGCGGAGAAUACGCUCUAGAAGUUAGCGCAAAAACGCUACCUUUCUAUGCUAACAUUUUUGGCUGCAAAUUUCCUCUGCCAAAAUGUGACCUCGUCGCGCUUCCAGACUUCGCGUUUGGUGCAAUGGAAAACUGGGGCCUUAUAACAUACAGGGAAACUGCCUUGCUUAUCGACCACGCGAACACGUCACUGAUGUCCAAACAGCGCGUUGCUCUAACUGUGGCCCACGAAUUAGCUCAUAUGUGGUUUGGCAAUUUGGUUACAAUGGAGUGGUGGACGCAUCUGUGGCUGAAUGAGGGAUUUGCCACGUGGAUUGAGUUUUUUGCCGUUGACUACUGUUUUCCCGAUUACGACAUUUGGGUAGGUUUUUCUUCCGCCCCCCACUAA